CUGGGAAACAUCCCGGCCGCCGUAUAAUCAGACCCAUUCCUGCCGGUCGAUCAUCUUCAUCAUCACCAUCUUUUUUACUCCCGCUGCCUCCACGGCAUCGCGCUCCCUUGUUCUCUGCGGAUCAGGCUGUACUUUGACUUGCCGCCAAUCAUCGGCAGAAAGGAGACUCGACACCGUAUUCGGCCAAUGCUCUUCUCCGCAUAUUAACAAGCUUGACAGCACGAUUCGCGGAUCUCCAUGAAGGCAAUCACGACCUGCAUGAAGUAAUAGCGCACAUACACCAACAGCUAUGCCUUGGAAACCACUCAAGUCGGUCGCGUUCGCGAUCUGCACUUAUCCAUUUCGCGCGACCGAGCCCGACGACCUACCGCUACAGAUUGGUGACCAUAUCUACAUCAUUGAGCAGGGGGGUAGUCGCAAUGAAUGGUAUCGCGGAUAUCUCGUCGCACCGCCGUCGUUGCUGGCUGGUCUUACGAGCGACCGAGGACAACCACUCGAACAUCGUGUGUUCUCAGGCAUUUUCCCUACCAAUUGUGUAGAGGUGCGAGAAAUUCUCGCCGACCCGCACGUCAAUGGCACUUCGGACGUACAUACAGACGAUGAGGAGGAUUGGAGGGAGCGGAGGAAGAGUCAAGUCUCAGCUGCACGGCGCAUGAGCAGGAAGCUGAGCUCCAAGAACCAUCGCGACAGUUCCAGAAAGCCAGGCGAGCUGAUGAUUCUCGAAGAUCCUGUGCCGCCAAUGCCAGGUGCUCCGAGACCACCUGCUCCUGUACCACUUCUCCGUGUCGGCGAUGAGUCUGGUAACUCAGCAGAAGAGCCACUAGUGGACGAGAUUGCAUCCUGUCUGAGAGAAUGGCACGACGCACGCCUCCACGAGAUCCUGCUUGCUCGUGGAUACACUCAGUUGGCAAGAGUUCAGGACUUGAUCAAACGCGUGGACAACAGCCGCAACCAAUUGAUGCACGACGUCAUGACGAUCAAAGAGUUGGCCGCGCUACGAGAGGAUACAGUCUGGGACUUGGUGGCGGGCAACAAACUGCUCAACGACGAAGUCAUUGUCCGCAGCUCCGCGCAGAAGGGCCGGAUUUUGACGGCAGAUGAUUCGGUUGUGGAGAUGACCAAGCUUCAAGCCAAUAUGAGCAUCCUUGACCGACCGCCGAAGAUUGUGGUAGACAAGCACAUGCUGUACCACCUUCUCGUUGAUGUGCGCAACAUUAUUUGUGAAACCGACCAGCCAGCCACACUUCAGAUGAGCCUCUUCGCCAAAGGUUAUGACGAGAAGCCCCGACCUAUAUCUGAGAAUUUUGCCAUCAAUCUGCCCGUACCUGACUUUCCCCAUCCGAUCGAGGACCAGACAAAAUGCUUGUUUGUCAACCUGAGUAAUUCCGAUGUCGGCAUAAGCGGCGACCUCACAAAACUCUACCUUGUGUUCAAGCUAUUGAAGGAUGAGCCAAUACGUCAGUCAUCUCCCUCACUAGGGUCAGCUCAACAGACUCCUGCAUCUAGCAACAUCGCGAAGCACGCAAGUAUCCGAGCCCGUCGCAGCGUUUUUGGCAGUCAAAGAAAGAAGGAAGGCCAUGGCCGCAAUAUUUCCAACGCGUCGACCCGGCCAGAUACUUCACUCUCGCUCCGCUCCGAUCCUGAGGCGCGCUCGAGCACUUCUGCCGAUCCACCGGUCUCGAUCGAGGGCAAAACAGUUCGACGUACAGUCGGCGUAGGUGCCAUCGAGGUGACCAAGAUCGCUCAGGCAAGCUCUAGUGCGGACAAGAUCAUAACUCUGUGGGUACCAGACUCAGAGGCAGAGGAUCGUAUGAGCUCGGAGGAAGACUGGACAGACAUCAUUCGAGAUCUCAUGCGCAGUGCAGUCGGUGGCUUCAGUCGCGUCGAGUACACCAAAAGAAUGGAGGUUUUCGUCAAAGGCUUUGCGUCACCAGAUGUCGCUGGCCUCGUCCGCAACACUCCGACUUUGCUCCACGACAUUUUGACCACUCCGAAGCUGGGAUUUUCUGGUGUGCCAACCGAAAAGCGGAGUGAUAUCUAUCUCACGUUGACGGAGCCUGUCGUCCCUCGUAAUGCGAGUCUCGCGCACUCAAAAUACGGAGCAGUACCGCUGGGCCACCGUUGCCAGACGAGCAUGGCAAACCUUCAGCUAACAUUGGAAGUUCGUCGCUCAGACGGCGAACGCAUCGAAGACUGCAUUUUCACAUCUUCAAACCAUCAAGGGCACACUGCAUGGCGUACUACUGGCAUUGAGCGGGGAGAAGGAUGGAAUCAGACCAUCAGGCUAUCCAUACCAGCUCACCUGGUACCAGGCUCUCAUGUUGUCAUGAGCAUCGCCGACGCGCCCAACUUCCCCUUUGCGCUGUCUUGGGUACCGUUGUGGGAAGCAGACGCUUUUGUUCGGGAUGGCGACCACGCUGUCGCCUUGUACGUGUACGAUGAGUACUCUUCGAGUAUCAUUGGUGGCAAGGGAGCAUAUCUUGCGCUACCGCCUUGGCAUGACAAGGCCGAUGCUUCCCAAGCAAGCGCGGCCACCAUCUCAUUACGAACUUUCCUUUGCAGCACCGAGUAUUCCCAAGAUCCGACUCUUCUCGGAUUGCUCAACUGGAAAAACUAUCACGGCAAGGAACUGCUAAGUCUACUCGAGCGAUUCGUGUUCGUCCCUGAAAUCGAGAUCGUGAAACUUCUCAGCAAAGUCUUUGGGUCUCUGUUCGAGAUCCUUGAAGCUUAUGAUGGGAACACCGACUAUGAGGAUCUGAUAUUCUUCAACUUCGUGGUGGUUCUUGGUAUCGCGAGGGACAAGCGCUUCGAAUUGAGCAACAUCAUUGAAGACUAUGCCACUAUCCGACCAAACUGGCCAUACGCCGGAAGAUGCCUGAUCGGCGCUUAUCGACGACUUGUCACCAAUCCAAUGGACGCAGACACCUCAAGGAAGCUCCGUGAAACACUGAAAGUCGGUGACCUCGUGCUACGUCUUGUCAUCGCUUCAACUCUAUCGGACACGUCUCCGAACAAUGGACACCGUGCGAAGGGUAUGCGAGCCUACCAAGACGGUGAGGUCCUCAAGAGGUACUUGGACAGGCUAUUCGUUGCAGUCAUGGCUUUGCUUCGUAACCCCAUGCCUGUGUUGCUGGGUACGCAGACACUGCUUGUCCAACACUUCCAUUCGUGGUUGCCCGAACUCGUCCCGCUUAUGACGCCGAGUGAGGUUCUGGACAUUGCUACCGACCUGCUGGAUGCGUCUGCGCACGCCUCCGGGCGAAUUAUCUAUCACAGGCUCAUCCUCAUGAUUCAAUACAGUCGCUUGGACGUGUUCAAAGCACCUGAAACGCGCACGACAUUGGUUGCCAACACAUUCAGAUGGCUGGCUCCGUACUGGGGUGAUGCUCCCGAAAUUGAUGAUCAAUGGCGAGACCAGGUACGCCUGUGCUGCUCCGUCGUAGCUGCACAAAUGGAGGAACUUGGCGAAGAAAGCUGUCAGUACGUUCCCAAGCUUGUCGAGUCCUACAUUGCACUUCAGAAGUUCAAGCGGAAGCCGAAGCGCGAAUUCAGCCUUCUGUUUCCCAACGUGUUUCCGUUCCCGACCAAGCCAACUCAAAAGGAUGUUAGUGUCGACGAGGCAGUGCUUGAGAUCUCUGCACUUCUCGCUGCGGCUCUGACUUCUGACCGAAAGCUCUACUUUGAUGCCAGUCAGGUCGACAUUACCAGCGUUUUGACACAAGCUCUCAAGGUUGAGAAGAGCAUUCUAUCCUGCGAAGCCUUCCCAGCAAGCUGGCUCAGUCUGCUUGUCAGCCAUCACAAAUACUCUAUUACAGCUUUGGAAAGGAUCUCGGAUGUACUAAUCGAGACCCUUCCCGAUAUUUAUGCGCCUGACACCAGCGAAGCCUUGGACUUUGAUACCGACAUUUGGCAAGCUUUCUUCAAUACCCUGUUCACUGCACUUGCCAGCCCCGCUCUUACCAUGGAGACCUUCCCGGAGCAAAAGCGCCGAGCCAUCUGGAAGAUCGCAGGCGAUGUGCGCGAGCUUGGCGCCAACCUUUUGAAGAAAAGCUGGGACGCCAUCGGCUGGGAUACUGAAGCUGAUGCAAAGAAAGUUCACGGCUUCGAUCGGCUUGGAGGUUACCAAGUCCAAUUCGUGCCCGAUCUUGUCGGCCCUGUUGUAGAGCUCUGCCUUAGUGUUCACGCGAGUCUUCGCGCAGUGGCCGUCGAAGUCCUCCGCUCCAUGAUCAUCAGUGCGUGGGAGAUUGAUGAAGAUUUGUCAAUCAUCCAAACCGCCAUGAUUGACUGUUUGGACAAGCUUUGCCGGACUAAAGUCGUGACCGAAAAUGUUCUGCAGAAGACAUUCAUCCCGGAAAUGGUCGAACAUUUCAAGCCAUACCAGCAGUCCGGAGAUGGCAUUUUCUAUAAUGCCGUCGUCGAGAUGUUCUCCAAGAUGGAAAGCCUCCUAAACAUGCUGGCUACGGUUCACCAGGGCAACUCGAGCAACGACGCGACGCGCCUCGUCGACACGUUGCAGUUGAUGGACUUCUUGAAGAAUGUCCAGUCCGAGGAUGCAUUCAUUCGAUACGUCCAUCAGCUGGUCGACAUGCAGAGCGAUGCCGGUAACCACGUCGAGGCAGGUCUGGCAUUACAGAUGCACGCCGAUCGAUACGAAUGGGACCCUGCACGCCAACUCGCCGCCGUGGCUUCGCCAAGCAUACCAGCACAAUCUGCGUUCGAGCGCAAAGAGGCGUUGUACUUCCAAAUGUGCCAGAAUUACGAAAAGGGACGAUCUUGGCAACGUGCGCUUUCAGCGUACCGCGAGCUAUCAACACAGUACGAAAGCAAUACUUUUGACUUCUCCAAACUUGCACGAGCACAACGGGCUGUCGCCAGCAUCCAUGAGCGCAUCGCCAAGGGUGAUCGAGCCAAUUCACGAUACUUCCGUGUCUUGUUCCGUGGCACAGGCUGGUCUGCCACGCUUCGGGACAAGGAAUAUAUCUUCGAAGGAUAUGCUAAUGAUCGAUUGUCUACGUUUGAGGAGAGAUUGCAAGGAAUCUAUCCAUAUGCUCAAAUCUCGCGUGGCGAAUUGGCCUCUGAUGUUGACGGGCAACACCUCCAAAUAUUCGCCGUCAGUCCCAACAAGGAUCUCACGCACGUCGUUUACCAACGCACCAAGGUUUCCCAAGCUGUGCGCGAAUAUGCCCUCAUGUCGAAUCCUCAGAAGUUCACCACCAGCUCCCGCCAACCGGCGCUCGACAUUCCGAUCACGGAACAGGCGGUCGAGAAGACAAUCUACACGACCGUGGAGCAGUUCCCUACGCUUCUCCGUCGUAGCGAGGUUGUUGCAACCGAGACUGUCGUCCUGUCUCCUGUCGAGGCUGCGCUUGAGCGUACAACGAGGAAAACACAAGAGCUCCUCGCCAACGAGAAAUUGGCUGCACCAGGCGAGGACGAAGGUGCCAGGGAGCGCCUCACAGAAGAUCUCUUCGCGUCUGUCGAUCCAAGCUCGGACAGCAGCGUUGCCCGAUACCGCAAUCUCCUCAAGACUCCUGAAGACGCGGACGCCACUUCAGGUGACGUCGAGCCGGACGCGCUUGAGAAGAAAGAGGAGGAGCUGGACCCUCUGCAGCUCGCACUGAAAGUCGCCCUCCUAGAUCACGCUCUCGCCAUCAAACGGUGCCUUGGCGUGUACAAGAAGCCCCAGCAUCUCGCCACAAAGGCCCAGCUGAUUCCUCGCUUCGAAUCCGCUUUUGCGCCUGAGCUCGCCAACUUGUUCUUACAUCGCGAUGGCCUGUUCGACGAGGAGCCAGAAGAGUCCCCCUUUGACAGUACUGGAGAUGCGUCGCGCAACGGACACGUCUCGACAGGUGCCGAGCAGAACGGCGAGCGCGACAACACCGCCGACCAACGUCUCGGACGCCGUAGCUCUAUCCCUUUCCUGCGGCGCGGCAAUUCGCGUCAGAGGGCCGAGGAGAACGGUCGCGAAUCCCGGGUUGGACGUUCUCGUGAGCGGAGCUCGAGUCGCCGACGUCUGAGCAUCUUCCGCUCCAACCCCGCCGACUCCGGGGUCGCGAAAAAGCACACGAGCUACCGACAAAGUGCCAAUCCCCAACCGGUCACAUCAACAGGCGAAACCUAGACAUGAUCUGAAAGAUCAUCGAUGGGAGGGAAUCAGUAGCGCCCGAGGGUGCGCAUCAAAAUGCUAUUUGAACCUUUCGUUGUCAUCUGUCUCGAAUGUUGACUGGAUACCUUGUUGUCUUUAGUUGUUUUUAUCACUCCUGUUUGCGAUUUUUAAUCUAUUUUUUUAUGUACGCAUUUUUUCACAUUGGCACUUUUCCACAUGUGAUCAUGUCGCGAGAUGUGUCCGCACGUAUUCGCUCCCCCUGAAAAAAACGGUCUGGUUUGCAUUCAUUUGUAUUUGUGAAAGGUCUACGCAUGCAAGUGUUCACUGACGAGGCUAUCACAAGUGGUCGAUGUAGAUCUGCUCAUAAGCGGGACAAGGUUUCCAGGUUUCGGUGAGACGGACGCGGCGCGGCACGGCAGUCGUCAUUGCACAUGUCAGCUCCAACUUCAAGGGACGAGCUCACCACCAGGAUGAUGCAUUUCUACAAAAC